UCUGUUAUAAGCAUUGAAUAGGACUCGUUUGAAAAACCAAACACACGUGAUUCAAACAACAUAACGAGCAAUUGAAGAAGGAAGUUUAAUUCCGAACAAAUGCAAAUGGCGGCCUGUAAGAUAUGGUUAGCUUUCACAGGAUUUAUCUAAACGUUAAUAGCAAUGGCAAGUAAGUUAUCUAUCUGCCGCGCCCAGGUACACGUGCCCAACACGUGUGCUUGGUGUGAAAGCAUACAGGGUGUUAACUGGUACUGUAAUGACUGCCAUGAGGCGUUAUGUGACCGCUGUUUUGAGGUUCAUCAACGCGCGAGAAAGACACGGAAAGAUGACGUCGUACCAAUAAAGGAGGCGAACAAACUCGGGGAAGCCGUACUCCCAGAGGUAUGUAAGACACAUCGAAGUAAGACAUGUGACCUGUACUGUAGUGACUGUAACAUCGUAAUGUGUGCGAUGUGUUUUACCGAGAAACAUAAACAACACACAUUCAAAAAUAUUGAAGAGGAAAUUGAUUCACAAAAACAGUAUAUGCAAGAUCAAUUAAAAAUAUUAAAGUUCAAGUUAGACCAUUUUGAGGAUAAUCUAUCAAAACGCCAUGAAGUGAGCAAGUCAUUUAACGAUAGCGUGGAUGUCAUCCGACACACUGUUCAAACCAAGAGAUUGAGACUGAAAGCUGAGAUUGAUUCUUUAGCCGACACAGUCUUGGAAGAAUUAUCAUCAUUGAUGGAAGAGGAAGACAAAUCCCAUAAGCAAGACUGUCAAUCUCACGAACAAACUAUCAAAGAGAUCAAACAACUUAUCAGCGAUGUAGAGCAGAACAACGAACAGUUGUCUAGUACAUCCCUCUUUGAGUUGACGGGGAGACUAAGAACCACCAUACCGCUGUAUGAUGUUGCUACAAAGCCCGUGCUACCUCGUCCACCUCACUUCGUUUGUCGGAAACUUAACGCAGAGCAGAUGAAGUCAAUGAUUGGAUAUCUUCAGGACAGAAAAGAGGUUGACAGUAAAAAGGUUAGUCAGAUUGCUACGUUCCGAGUACCUCGGAAGACACAAAUCAACUCGAUUUGUCCUAUUGACGACACUCACGCAUGGGUGUCAGUUCAUUCAUCUCAAGAAUUAAUUAAAGUCAACAAGAACGGCAAGGUCACAGAAUGCGUCAAACUUGACUUCGAUCCGUGGUGUCUGACAUCGACCUACAUUAAAGAACUGCUUAUCACGUGUAAUGAUCAUUCAUCACUGAUACACAAACUAACCAAGGACAGACAUGUGACUAGAUUCACUGACAUCAGUCCGUUAGAAGCCUGGGGUAUCAGUGUUAGUAACAGUGAUGAUGUGUUCGUUACUACUAACACUACAACAAUACAGGUACUGAACAAAUCCGGUGAGAGGAUCAGACAAAUCUCGUGUAGAGGUGAUAGUGGAGGUGUUGGGCUGGGUAUCGUAUGUUUGACAACAGGAAAUAUGGUUGUUACCAAUUGCGUAAAUAUUUAUGAUUGUAAUGAAAUUAUUGUAAUCAACACAUCUGAUCAGAUCACGCACAAGUGGCGUGGGGAACUGGACAAUGGUCAGAAGAUAGUGGAGACGAAGCAAUGUGAUAUAGCACGAGAUAAAUAUGACAGAGUGUUUGUACCAGACCACAUCACUGACCAGGUUUACAUCAUUUCGGGGAAUGAAAAAAAGGCCAUGUGUCUCCUGGACAAGAAACAUAGAGUAACAGAACCACUGGCUGUGUGUGUAGACAGGUGUGGACAUGUUUGGAUCGGCUGUGGUGAUGGUACAGUACAUGUGAUGCAAAUAUUAAUGUCAGAUGUUAAUGAUGCUGAUGAUGAUGAUGAGGAUGAUGAUGAUGAUAUUGAUGAAAGUGGUGUCAAUAUAAUUAUAUCAAUAUAA